UAGGCAAUGUUUUGGUUUUGGUUGUGUUCGGCAUAAAAAUAUAUUUUUCAUGCUGAUUUUACGACAAUUAAAAAGCGUUCUUCGUUUGCGGUUUGUAGACAUUGUACAAAAUCAGCAGCGAGUCAACGAAUGUAAACAAUUCUCGUGGUUCACGAAAAUGCAAAAUAUCAAAUCUAUGCGAAAUGCUCAGACACAGCAUGGAGAUUCUACGACGGUGGACGUGGAAAAUAUAUUUCUGCACCGUAACAUGUUGUCCACAAAUUCGAUCUUAGGGACAAAUAUCAACGAUCAACAGCAGGCGGCCGAAAGUGUUUGGUUUCCAGAUGAUAAUGUUACAGAUCAUAAUCACAAGUCCGUUCCACCGAUUUUGUUAUCAGAAGAAAAGACGGAAGAACCACAAUUACCGGAAAAACGAAAGGCCAACAACUCAGAUGACGAAAGCAAUGUGAAAAAAAUUAAAUUAGAUGCCAAUGGGUUAAAAACCAAACGACCCGGGUUCAGUGAGGAUAGAUUUGAAGAAACAUCGUAUUAUUUUGAAAAUGGACUUCGAAAGGUUUACCCCUAUUUUUUCACAUUCACGACAUUUGCCAAAGGGCGUUGGGUUGACGAGAAAAUUCUGGAUGUAUUUGUCCGUGAAUUUCGAGCCGCUCCGCCCGAAGAAUACGAGCGCAGCCUGGAAGCCGGAAAACUGACUGUUAAUAACGAAAAAGUUCCUAAGGACUACAAAAUCAAACACAAUGAUCUACUCGCCAAUGUUGUACAUAGACACGAAGUCCCUGUUACUUCACAGCCCAUCAAGAUAGUGUACAUGGACAAGGAUAUUGUGGUUGUAAACAAACCGGCAUCUAUACCAGUCCACCCGUGUGGGCGAUAUAGGCAUAAUACUGUGGUUUUCAUUUUGGCCAAGGAGCAUAACAUGAAGAACCUGAGGACCAUACACAGGUUGGAUCGACUAACAUCUGGUCUUCUUUUGUUUGGGCGUACUUCAGAAAGAGCCCGAGAGUUGGAGCUUCAAAUCCGAACUAGACAAGUACACAAGGAAUAUGUAUGCCGUGUAGAGGGACGAUUUCCAGAUGGAAUAGUUGAAUGCCAUGAGAAAAUAGAUGUUGUAAGCUACAAAAUUGGUGUGUGUAAGGUUUCACCUAAGGGUAAGGACUGUAAAACGACGUUUCAAAGAAUUGGAGAAGUGGGUGAUGAUAGCAUUGUUCUAUGCAAACCACUCACAGGACGAAUGCAUCAAAUAAGAGUACAUUUACAAUUUUUGGGUUAUCCUAUAUCAAAUGAUCCUUUAUACAACCACGAAGUCUUUGGUCCCUUAAAAGGUCGAGGAGGAGACAUCGGAGGAAUAACCGAGGAUCAGUUGAUCAAAAAUCUUAUUAGCAUUCAUAAUGCCGAAAAUUGGUUAGGUCUGGAAGGAGAACAAAUUGCGACAAGGGAAAGCAAUGUUGAUCUAAAAAUUACUUCAAAAGUAGAAGUAGUUAACGAUCCUGAAGCCAUGACUGGGUCUUUAACAACAAAUGAGUCCAACAAUGAUGCUGCCACCCAAACUUGCUAUGAAGAACCAGAUAGGUCCUUUGACUCAAAAAAGACAACUUCGGAUCCGCAUUGUCCUGAAUGCAAAGUCAACUACAGAGACCCUGGGCCAAAAGAUCUUAUAAUGUUCCUACAUGCUUGGAAAUACAAGGGCGUCGGUUGGGAGUACCAAACAGAACUGCCAGAAUGGGCUUGUAAAUCGGAUAUUGACUACGAUCAGUUGUAAAUCAAUAAAUUCUUUUUAAAUGUAAAGCUUAAAUACAAAGUUUAUCAUUUUUAAAAUAAUAAUUUACUUUGGAAAAUUUAAAACCCACGGUCACGAAAUUAAUGAAGAAGAAUAGCAUUGACUUAUUUGACAAAAUUAAAUUUGUAUUCUUAAAAUG